AUGACUGUACCUGAGUCUACUACUGAUGUGGUAGUCAUUGGAGCAGGGCCAUCAGGUCUCAUGGCAGCCUUGUGGUUAGCGCGGUGCGGUGUGAAAGCACGCAUCAUCGACACGCGCGCCACAAAGGUGUUUAGAGGCCACGCUGAUGGAAUGCAGACUGGAACCCUGGACAUCUUUGACUCGUUUGGCAUUGGAGAAGACCUCUACAAGAACGCCGCCCAGGCGGUGGAGAUGACAUUCUGGGCUGGUGGCAAGGACUUACCCUUGAAGCGCGUCGCUCGCUUUCCAAAGUGGUAUCCUGAACUAGGCCAGUACCGUUUGAUUCACACUAGCCAAGGCAAUACGGAGCGGGCCCUGCUCGAUGGCAUCAAAGCCUUCAACGGACCCGAGGUUGAACGGGGAGUCACAGCGGCAGCUAUUGACAUCGACGAAUCGAAGAUAGGUGAUGCUCAGGCUCACGCCAUAAAGUUGACGGUUCGGCAUCUCACCGAGGAAGAAUUGACUGCCUCUUCAAAAAAUGAUACCGUACCACAGCCUGGGGAUUUCAACUACAACCCGGCAGACGAGCCAUAUCUGAAGCGCAAAGCUUCCGGCAAAGAAGGGACCACUGAAGUUAUCCACGCGAAGUUUGUCAUUGGCACCGAUGGAAGCCGAAGCUGGACUCGCAACGCGUUGGGGUUCGAAUUUCUCGGAGAUGAUGCUGGGGACGAGAGUGUUGCAGGCAUCCUGGACUGCGUCGCGACUUCAAACUUUCCGGACUUUCAUGUUCAAACAAUGAUCGCCAAAGACGGGCAUGGAUGUGGAUUCGUACCCAGGGAGAAUGGGUUGACACGCAUUGCAGCCCCUGUCGCCAACAGGGCAGACGCGACUCCAGAAUCUAUCAUCAACUCAUUGAAGGAAAUCAUCUCUCCUUACGAGAUCAAUGUCACCAUGAUUGAUUGGUACGGAGUAUUUGGUACCCGCCACCGAGUCUCAAGCUCUUCUUCCAAGCACUCGCGUGUCUUUCUCGCUGGAGACGCGCUGCAUAUCCAUUCACCCAGAGCCGGGAUUGGUAUGAACUUCAGCAUUCAAGACUCGUACAACCUCGGGUGGAAAAUCGCCCAUGUUGUCAAGGGAAUCUCUCCACUGCAUAUUCUCAAGACAUAUGACGAAGAGCGCGGGUUGACAACCAAACAGCUCAUUGCUUUCGAUAAAGCUCUAUCGGAGCAAGCGCCCUUGGGAGGAAACUUUUCGGUCAAGGGAACCCGUCAAGGGCUACAAGACGGUCUUCCAUUCACGAGCACCACAGCAAUCGAGUACGAGGGUGGACCGUUUGUCGCUAAGGGGGGUAACUCGAUUACUUCCAAGCAGCAUUUGGCUCCUGGUAUAAUCGUGGGCAGGCGCAUCCCCUCGCAGACGGUCGAGAAGCAUGCUAACGGAGAACCGCAUGACUUUGGAAAAUCCUUUCCUAGUGAUGGUCGGUACCGCAUUGUUAUCUUCGCCGGCGAUAUAUCGCGGCCGGAGCAGCUACGCCGUGUGGAACGUCUGAGCCAGGUGCUCGAGCUCCCUGAAGCCUUUCUCCGACGAUUUAACGGACAAGGCAUCGCGCAGGAUGUGUUUGAAACCCUCGUCCUACACACUGCGAGCAGGGAUCAGGUCGAGAUCGCUGACCUGCCUGCGUUCCUCUUCAAGAAUGCCGAUCCUGUGAAUCAGGUGUUUGUUGACAACGAUGAUUCAAAGACCUGGACAUUAAGUGAAGCGUAUAGCAAGUAUGGGAUAAACCGAGAUAGAGGAUGUCUUGUGCUAGUCCGGCCUGAUAGGUAUACUAUGUAUAUUGGCGAGUUGGAGGAUGCUACCGAGCUGAUUAAACUGAUGUCCUCAGUCUUGAUUUGA